AUGGCCGUCUCAAACAAGACCACCUUCACCCUCAACAAUGGCGUCAAGAUGCCCGGCCUGGGCUUCGGCACUUUCGCCAACGAGGGCGCAAAGGGCGAGACCUACGACGCUGUCAAGUGCGCCCUCAAGGUCGGCUACCGACACCUCGACUGCGCCUGGUUCUACCUCAACGAAGGUGAGGUCGGCCAGGCUGUGAGGGAUUUCCUCGCCGAGAACAAGGAUGUCAAGCGUGAGGACAUCUUCAUCACAACAAAGGUCUGGAACCACCUCCACGAGCCUGAGGAGGUCAAGUGGUCGUUCGAGAACUCCCUCAAGAACUUUGGCCUCGACUACAUUGACCUCUUCCUCGUUCACUGGCCCAUCGCCGCUGAGAAGGGCGAGGACUACAAGCCCAAGAUCGGACCUGAUGGCAAGUACGUCAUCAAGAAGGAUCUCACUGAGAACCCUGAACCCACAUGGCGCGCCAUGGAGGAGAUUUAUGCUAGCGGCAAGGCCCGUGCUAUUGGCGUUUCCAACUGGACCGUCGAGGGUCUCAAGAAGCUGCUGUCCUUCGCCAAGGUGAAGCCAGCUGUCAACCAGAUCGAGAUCCAUCCCUUCCUGCCCAACGAGGAGCUUGUCAAGUUCUGCCAGGAGAACGACAUCCUCCCAGCCGCUUACUCUCCCCUCGGAUCUCAGAACCAGGUCCCCACUACCGGUGAGAAGGUCCGCACCAACGAGACCCUCAACGCCGUCGCCGAGCGCAGCGGCAACACCCUCGCUCAAGUGCUCCUCGCCUGGGGUCUGCGCCGCGGCUAUGCUGUGCUGCCAAAGAGCUCAACGCCCUCUCGAAUUGAGAGCAACUUCCAGAUUCCCAACCUGUCUGAUGAAGACUUUGAGGCUAUCCAGAGUGUUGCCAAGGGCCGACACACUCGCUUUGUCAACAUGAAGGAUACCUUCGGUUAUGAUGUCUGGCCUGAGGAGACUCCUGAGAAGGGAACGUCUGCUGUUUAA